CUUAUGCCAAUUUGCAAAUUAAGAUUGAGAACCAUAGAAGUCACCACCACCCGUCUUCUUCAGUCAGUACUCAGCAGCAACUCAUCUCUUCUCUCUUCUCUGAGAACCAUAGAAGCCACCACCACCAAUCGAGCAGCCCAUCGCCACCGCAUCCCGCAGCCACCGCGUCCCGCAGCCACAGCAGCGACGGAUUUGACCACCGCAGCCACCACCACUGCAGCCAGCUGCCACCGCAUCCCGCAGCCACCGCGCUUCUCAGUCCGCUCAAUGGCUCACUCUGCUUCCCCUUUCAACAAAAUCACCAUCCAAAGGGACAACACUACAUUUGAUGCAUACGUCGUUGGCAAAAAAGAUGCUCCUGGAAUUGUUGUUCUUUAGAAGUGGUGGGGUGUGGAUUUUGAAAUCAAGAAUCAUGCUAUCAUGAUUUCUUAGCUAGGUCCCGGAUUUAAAGCUCUUAUUCCAGAGUAAGAUAACGGUGCUUUCAUAAGAUUUGCUGAUCUAAAUUCUUUAUCCGUUAUAUGAUAUUAUAAUCUUCAAUUGGAUAACUGAUGAAAAUUGAAAUUGCUUCCAUUGUUCUUUUUCUUUUUUUUUUUUUUUUGGUCAGAAAAUUGCUUCCAUUGUUCUAGUCUGUAUAGAGGAAAGGUUGGUCUUGAUGUCACGGAAGCCCAACAUUUGAUGGAUGGGCUCGAUUGGCAAGGUGCUGUAAAGAAUAUAGAAGCCUCGGUUAAUUGGCUUAAAGCAAAUGGUUCAAAGAAGAUUUGUUACCGAUAAUUUGUUUUGAAGAUGAUCUGAUGGAUAUGUUAAUUUCUUCACUAGUUUUUGAAUUUUGUAAUUUUAUGAUCAUUCCCUAGUUGACUUGAACCUACAAAAGCAUAAAUUAGCCUUGGCUUUAUGAUUUGAAGUAAAUUAAUUUGAAACUUUUGGUGAUACUUCUGAAAAUGGUGGCUUUGGAUUACCUGUUUAUGAUGGAGAUAUUGAAACACUUAAUAAUGAUUAUGAUUUGUGAUGAGUUGUACCUUUGAUUAGCUGAGAACUUGUUAGUAAUUGUUUCUUUUGAUAGUAAAACAUUAUGUGUUUGUCAUUAUGUGCGUUUUGUUGUUUUUAGUUAUGAACUUUGAAUUUGUUUGUGAACUUCUAAUAUUAAAUUAUAGAUAAUUUAUUACGUGAAAUUUUAAAUUUUAUUAAGUUAGAAAUUAUUUAAUUUAUAUAUUUAAUAUUUAAUUAAAUCGG